AUGGAAUACGUUGAAAGUAAAGUUGAUUAUUAUUCUCGAGAAAUGGUUCUAGCCGAGGAACUCUAUCAAGAAAGAAUGCACAGGUUGCUGAACAUGUCUAAAGAAGUCUCCAGAUUCGACAGAAUGUUGCGUAAACGGAACCAAUGUCUUCAAACGCAACUGGACGUAACCAUAAAGAUCUACGAUAAAGAGUAUAAAAUGUGUCGCAGUAAGGCCAACAACGAAAUCCGGGAGUGUAACAAAAUGUACAGGAACAUACAAGGAAUCUACCCAGGUCUGGAAAGUUAUUCCCAUCCGGACAUCCGAUCCAUGGUGUUAGCCCAGGAGAAAAAGCAAAAGCAGGCGAAAUUCAAUAUGCAUAAGAAACUGAAUCGUGGUUCGCGUUUUACUGUGGGUGAUUCUCGACAUAUAGCAAGGAUGAACCAUUCACAGAUUCAAACUAAUAUGUAUUCAACGUACACGGCAGCAAACCAGUCGCUUGAGAGUGAAAAAUCAGAAGAGACAGCGGAAGAUAUCAACGAUAUCAUACAGCAGAAUGAAGAACGACGCAUCGCCGAUGAACAGAUUAUACGAGAAAGAGAUGGAAGGCAGAGAUCACAGGCCUGGGUGCGACAAGGCAGCUAUUGUUUGUCGAAUGGCGAGGACGUUCAAGAGAACGAACACCCCAUAACGGCACUGGUUCGUAGCAUGAGACAGCGGAUUUACAGCGCCCCUGCUACCAGAAAAGUGCAAUUUCCUAGCAACGGACAUCGAAGGUUUCAUCACAGACCACAAACUGCGAUCGGGGUGGUCGAAGAAGCAGGGAAUACAAACCCAAAAACAGCAGCUAUAGGUCGUUUAAAUGGCGAAAUCGAAACACCUCCAACGUUCAAGUCGUCUGCUCGACCACCUCAUCUGACUUCCGGUCAUAGAGAUAGCGUCACCGAAAAUGAUCUGUCACCGGAAAUUUUGGCUCGAAUAAGACUUGAUAACUCUAAAACUGAGGAAUUUGUGAAGAGACCGAAAUCAGCACCACCAAAUUACGAACUGUUGGGAAAAUCCCCAGCGUUACCUAGGCAACAAGUUGCUGGUAUCAUGGCCGAAUUAGAAAGUCGUCGAGCAGCAACACGCUCAUUGAUUGAAAAGUCUAGGAUAAUACAGAAACAAGUUAAAAGGAUAACAGCAGAUCAAGGAAUCGAAUCGGAUUCUGAAAGUGAGGAUGUCAAACAUUGAUCUCUAGGAUACUCAGUUGAAGGACUAGUUUCUAUUGUUCAUGCACAAAAUUCAGUACUUGGAUUUCACUGAAGUAUGUAUAAGCAGCGAUUUCAUUGAAUUGUGCGCUAGAGAAUACAGCCAAUCACAGUCCCCUAUAUAAGCGCAGCCAAAUUGUUUACGAUAUUUCUACCGAGAGCUCUGAUUGGUUGUAUUCGCUAGCGUACAAUCCAAUCAUAUUUUGUUUACAGACUUCCCUGAUACCAGAAAAGUGGUUUUUGCAAGACGGAGUUUGCAAAGUGAAUUUAAAUAAUUUAUUUAGAAGAA